AUGGCUUCCCAUCUCAAGCUAUAUCUCUUCGGAGAUCAAACCUUUGAGAUCCAGCCUCAUCUUAAAACCCUCUUUCAAAAGCGCGACAAUCUUUUUCUCCAAGAUUUCUUGAACAAGGGAUACCAUGCCAUCCGCGUGGAGCUUUUCAAGGUUCCUUAUAGCAUUCGGAAAGAUCUUCCGCGAUUUACAUGUCUCGAAGAUCUUCUUCUUUGGGAUCAGAGUGGACAGCGAUGUGUUGCGCUUGAUAUGGCGAUGACUACGCUUUACCAACUUGCCACAUUCAUCAGUCAAGCAGGCGCCUUUGCAGCUGCAGCUAUCAGUUGCAGUAGUUUCACAGCAGACCUUAUUCCCAUGGCUGUAUCAGCCGUUAUUGCCUCUUUCAGAACUGGUCUGCUUGUUACUGAUACUGCUAGAAGGGUUGACCCUUUGCAGGACCAGAGCUGGGCACUUCUUGUUCCUGGACAAAAGGCGACCGCUGCUAUUGAAGAGUAUUGCGAUCAGAAUGAUCUACCCUUGGCGAGUAAGCCAUAUAUCAGCGCUUAUGCUCCGAAUGGUAUCACUGUUAGUGGUCCGCCAAAGCGUCUGUCUGAUCUUACGCGAUGGUUGUCCUCCAAGAGUAUCACUUCAAAGAGCAUUCCUAUCUUUGGCGCAUACCAUGCUCCUCAUCUUUACUCUCAGAAGGAUGCUCGAAGGAUUAUCAGCAGCCUCAUGCUCAACGAGGCUACAGCUCUCUCAGAGCAGAUCCCCGUUCUCUCAAGCACAGGUGUCAGGCCUGAAGAGCGCAGCUUCGUCACACUCCUUGAAGACGCCAUCGCUCAAGUGCUUCUUCAUCCACUCCGCUGGAAUUCCAUCUUCGAAGGUGUUCAAACUUCUUUGGAAGAUGCUUCUGCUGAGCAGUUCAGCAUUGCGCCGAUUGGUACCACUGCUGAGCAUUUGAUCUACACUGCUCUGAAGAAGACGUCUCUACGCUCUCUUGUUCCUGAUACAUCGGCUCCGAGCCAGAAGAUCAAAUUCGAGAACAUCCCUGACUCAGGAACUAGCAAGCCCAAGCUCGCCAUUGUUGCAAUGUCCGGUCGCUUCCCUGGCGCCAAAGACAACGAAGCAUACUGGGAUCUCCUCUACAAGGGUCUCGAUGUCCACAAGCCGGUCCCAAGUCUUCGCUGGGAUCAAAAGACUCACGUCGAUCCUACAGGUAAGGCCAAAAACACUGGUGCUACACCUUUCGGGUGCUGGCUCGAUGAUCCUGCCUCAUUCGACGCUCGCUUCUUCAAUAUCUCUCCCCGAGAAGCUCCUCAGGUCGAUCCAGCUCAGCGACUCGCUCUCAUGACAGCGUAUGAAGCCAUUGAACAGGCUGGUAUCGUUCCAGAUGCCACUCCCUCCACACGGCCUGAUCGCGUCGGUGUCUUUUACGGAGUCACCAGCAACGAUUGGAUGGAAACGAACAGCGCUCAGAAUAUCGACACGUACUUCAUCCCUGGAGGAAACAGAGCCUUCAUCCCCGGUCGCAUCAACUACUUCUUCAAGUUCAGCGGUCCUAGUUACGCUGUUGACACAGCGUGUUCUUCGAGUUUGGCUGGUAUCCAUCUUGCUUGCAAUGCCCUUUGGCAGAAUGAUGUCGAUACUGCUAUUGCAGGUGGUACUAACGUCUUGACAAACCCUGACUAUCACGCUGGCCUUGACCGUGGUCAUUUUCUGUCUCGAACUGGCAACUGCAAGACAUUUGAUGAUGGUGCUGAUGGUUACUGUCGAGGUGAAGGUAUCGCUACCAUCAUUAUGAAGAGACUCGACGAUGCCCUUGCUGAGAACGACCCUAUCCUGGGUGUUGUCCUCGGCGCAUACACAAACCACUCCGCUGAAUCAGAGAGUAUCACUCGUCCUCACGUCGGAGCCCAACGCGUCAUCUUCAACAAGAUCCUCAACGAGGCAGCCGUCGAUCCCUACAGUAUUGGCUACGUCGAGAUGCACGGAACCGGAACCCAAGCAGGCGACGCAACAGAAAUGUCCUCCGUCCUAGAAACAUUUGCACCACCAGCUACCUCCAAAGCCGUCCGAACAAAAGACCAGCGUCUGUUCAUUGGUUCAGCAAAGUCCAACAUCGGUCACGGCGAAGCGGCUUCUGGAGUGUGCAGUGUCAUCAAGGUUCUCCAGAUGAUGAAGAAGAACACCAUCGUUCCGCACUGUGGUAUCAAGACUAAGAUCAAUCAUCGCUUUCCUACAGACUUUGGGGAGAGGGGCGUUAGGAUUGCUUUUGAGCCUACGCCCUGGGAAAAGCUCAGUGUUGAUGUGCCAAGACGGGUCAUGGUGAACAACUUCAGUGCUGCUGGAGGUAACUCUGCGCUGCUGAUUGAGGAUGCUCCACUCAAGAAGAAACUUCUUGGUGGAAAGGAUUCUAGGAUUCAGUUCCCGAUUGCCUUCACGGCAAAGAGUGGUGUUUCUCUUCAGGGCAACCUGAGAUCCAUGCUCAAGUUCCUUGGUGAGAACCCCGAUGUCUCUCUCCCUGAGCUCUCAUACACGACCACCGCUCGUCGCAUUCACCAUCAGCAUCGUGUUCUCAUUUCAGGCUCUUCGCCCAGCGACAUCUGUGGCAAGAUCGAAACUGCUCUUCAGAACAAUACUGGUGUCAACCGUCCCAAGGCCGCACCCAAGGUUGUCUUCAGCUUCACAGGCCAGGGAGCACAAUACCCAGGAAUGGGAAAACAGCUCUUCGAAGAAAACCCCUUCGUGCGCAAGGAACUUCUCCAACUUGACCAAAUCGGCCAGAACUUGGGCUUUCCUUCCAUGAUUCCUUUUAUCGAAUCCGAGGAACAAGACGUUGCCAAGUUUGCACCUUCGCUUGUCCAACUUGCUAGUGUUUCUCUCCAGAUCACAUUGAGCAAACUCUGGGCUUCCUGGGGCAUUAUACCUAGCGCUGUUGUUGGACACAGCCUUGGGGAGUAUGCCGCUCUCAAUGUCGCCGGCGUUUUGUCAGACACUGAUACCCUCUUCCUUGUUGGUGGUAGGGCGCAGUUGCUUGAGACGAAGUGCUCGCGCGGUACACAUGCUAUGCUUGUUGUCAAGGGAUCCCAAGACGAGAUUUCCGAGGCUCUGAAAGGUGAGAAGUAUGAGACUGCUUGUAUCAACUCUCCUGUCGAGACUGUCCUUGCUGGGCCGAAUGACCAGAUUGCCAAAGUCAAGGAGAUCCUUACUGCCGCAAGCUUCAAGACUACUCUGCUCAAGGUUCCUUACGCUUUCCACUCGUCUCAGCUUGAGCCGAUGGUUGGUGAUAUCGAAGACUUGGCUAAGAAGGUCACAUUCUCUGAACCCACCAUUCCUGUUCUUUGUCCUCUUGAUGGUACCGUUGUUGAAGAUGGCGAUGUCUUCAGCGCUUCUUACCUUGCCAAACACUCUCGCCAGCCCGUCAACAUGCUGUCCGCUCUCACAAACGCCUACCGCGACGGUACCAUCAGCGAUCGCCACAUGAUGCUCGAAGUUGGUCCUCACCCUGCUGUCACAGGCAUGGUCAAGCCCACUCUCGGCCAACAAAUGACAUGUAUUGCUUCCCUGCAGCGCGGCAGAGCACCGUGGGAGAUGCUAUCCGCCGCACUCAAGACCUUCUAUGACGCAGGCUCCAACAUCAACUGGGCAGACUACCAGAGCAGUUUCCCAGGUUCACACUCUGUCGUCGCAGUUCCGGCUUACAGCUGGGAUCUCAAGGAAUACUGGAUCAAGUAUGUUAACGACUGGUCCCUUAGAAAGGGUGAUCCUCCUUUGGUCAUCAGCAAUGCGCCCAAGCUUGAGAGCACCACCAUCCACAAUGUUGUCGAAGAGAGCGGCGACUCGAACAAGACGCAUAUCAUCGUUGAGGCUGAUAUUACGCGCAAGGAUUUGAGUCCUCUCGUUCAGGGUCAUGAGGUUGAUGGUAUUCCGCUCUGCACUCCAUCUGUAUAUGCUGAUAUCGGUUUGACUCUCGGCAAGUAUCUUUUGGAGAAGUACCAGCCUCAGAAUAAAGAUAAUAUGGUUGUCGUUUCGGAGAUGGACAUCAAGAAAGCCUUGAUCUUGCGAGGUGAUGGGUCGAAGCAACCUAUUCAGGCUCAUGCUGAAGCCGACUGGUUGUCCAACUCUGUCGCUAUCAAGUUCAUGUCCUUCGAUAACAAGGGAAGCCUUCAAGAACACUCCACCUGUGUCGUCCGCUUUCAAGACAGAAGCCACCAGCAAUCUCUACAGUCUGAGGCCUCCAGCACAUUCCAGAAAAUGCAAAACCUCCGCUCACAGAUCACAACCGGCGAAAGCGCCCGCUUCAAUCGUCCCAUGGCUUAUCGCAUGAUCCGACCGCUCGCCCGUUUCCACGAUGACUACCGCGCGAUCGACGAAGUCGUGCUUAACAGCACAACCCUCGAGGCAUCCAGCAAGAUCAGCUUCGGCACUGUGAAACGCGAUGGCGAUUUCCAUACCCAUCCUGCUGUCAUUGAUUCGCUUACCCAGUCAUGUGGUUUCGCGAUGAACUGCAAUGAUAACACGGAUAUUGACGUCGAUGUUUAUAUGAACCAUGGAUGGGGCUCUUUGGAGCUGUUUGAGGAGCUGGACUUUGAGAAGGAGUAUACUACUUAUACUCAGAUGUUCGAGGGUGAGGAUAAGCUUUGGUAUGGUGAUGUUGUGAUCUUUGAUGGUGAUCGCGUCGUUGCUUUCUUUGGACAGAUCGCGAUCCAAGGUGUCCCUCGACGAGUGCUCAAGGUCAUUCUCUCUAUUGAGAGUGGCAAGAAGGGUCAGCCCCAACGCCAAGUCCAGGACAAACCCCAAACCACGCCGUCCAAGGCUUCACCUGCCAAGCCAACUCAGAACAAGCCUCCAGCCAAGACGGUAACCACCAAGUUCUCAACCGCAAUCCGCAUCAUCUCCGAAGAAAGUGGAAUCGAAGUAGCCGACUUCACCGACGGAACAACCUUCUCAGACGUAGGAAUCGACUCCCUCCUGGGCCUGACCAUCUCGGCCCGCUUCCAGGAAGAACUUGACAUCGACCUUGACUUCAACGCUCUCUUCUUCGAACAUCCAACCGUUAAGGAUCUUCGCGAUUUCUUGCAAGGCCCAGAGGAAGAUGUUAGCGGAAGUUCCAGCUCUGCGGCUAGUGACUCUGGUCGUGAGACCGAUACAAGCGGUAGUGCCACACCUGAACUUCGAGAAGAGUUUGUCAAGACCAUUGAUGUCGAAUUUGAGCGUGCUCUGGAGAUCAUAUCUGAGGAGAGCGGUGUUGCGCGUGCUGAUCUAGACGAUGAUACCAACUUUGCGGACUGUGGUGUUGAUUCGCUUUUGUCGCUUGUCAUUGCCAGUCGUUUCCAAGAUGCUUUUGACUUGGAUGUUCGACAUGAGCAGUUGUUCAUGGAGUGUCAGACUGUCGCUGAUCUUAGAACCAUGCUCGCCAAGGAACUGGGUCUUGCUGAGACUGCGCCUGCUAAGAACAAGCCUGUCGAUGUACCUGCCCCAGUUGUUUCCGAGGCAGUUGCUGAAGAGACUGCAGUUGUGCACAGCGAUAUCACCACUCUUGCUUCGCGAGAGAAGGCUAUCACUGAACUUGUACAGAAGUACACAGGUGGUUUCUCUGCGCCAACUUCCACUCCCUCCAGUCCAGCUCUUGGCAAGAGUGACAACGUAGUUCUCGUUACGGGCGCAUCAGGUGGCCUUGGUAGCCAUCUCGUCUAUGCCAUCGCCCAACUCGAAGAGGUUCGCACUGUCGUCUGUUUGAACCGCCAGAACAGAGAAGACCCCGAGACCCGUCAGUACAAGGCUAUGCGCGACAAGGGCAUCCGCUUCCCCGAGCAUCUCAAGUCCAAGCUUCGAAUCUUCCAGGCCGAUACCUCAAAGCGAAAGCUAGGACUGCAGGAUAGCGAUUACGAUUCGGUGGUGAAGGAUGUCACCCAUAUCAUCCACAAUGCAUGGCCCAUGAGUGCAAAGCGGCCUCUUUCUGGCUUCGAGUCUCAAUUCCAGGUCUUCCGCAAUCUUCUCGAUCUCGGUCAUGCUUGUGCUUCCAGUCGUCCUGAGGACUUCAAGUUCAGCUUCCAGAUGGUUUCAUCCAUUGGUGUCGUUGGACAAUGGGGUCUCGCAGCUGGUCAAACUGGCAAGAUUGUUGUUCCCGAACAGAGAGCUACCAUCGAUUCACUCCUCGGUAACGGGUAUGCUGAAGCGAAAUGGGGUUGCGAGAGGAUGCUCGAUGAGACUCUUCACAAGUAUCCCAACCGCUUCCGUCCCAUGGUGGUUCGUCUGGGUCAGAUCGCUGGGUCGAAGACGAGCGGUUACUGGAACCCAAUGGAGCAUUUCGGAUUCCUCAUCAAAUCGUCCCAGACAUUGAACGCUUUGCCUGAUGUCGAUGGAAACCUCAACUGGACACCUGUCAAUGACAUUGCAGACACUCUGACUGACCUCGCCCUCUCCGAUCGCGUUCCCCAUCCCAUCUAUCACAUCGACAACCCGAUCGGCCAACAAUGGCGCGACGUAAACAACAUCCUGUCCGACACCCUCCGCAUCCCCAACCUCGUCCCCUUCAAACAAUGGCUCGAUCUCGUGCGAAAGGCACCUCAACAGGAUAACCCCGCUGCUCUGCUCGCAGACUUCCUCGAAGAUACAUACCUUCGUAUGGCAUGCGGCGGUCUCGCCCUGGAUGUGAAGAAUACUCUCGAGCACUCCAAGUCGUUGGCUGCAGUGGGACCUGUUUCGGAGACGGUGGUGAGGAAGUAUAUUCAUAUUUGGAAGGAAAUUGGCUUCUUGAAGACAACUGCUGAGGACAAGGCUGGCUUUGAAGCUGAGCGGAUGAGGCUUUGGGGACCUAGGGUAUAG